UCACAUCUGUGCAUGUACUGCUGGAUUUGAGAUUUAAAGUGGACUGGAAAAUGUAUUACAUCAUACUGCUUCAUCUCUACCAAUCCAAGCUUUAAAUACUUUAAAAAUCACACAUACAAACACACACACACACACACACACACACAGGCAUGAAUUAUGACAUGUGAUUUUAGUCAUGCGCAUACCGAGUACGGUCCUACCACCAAUAACUUUCACUUACACUUUUAUAGAGCAGAAGUAAUAUUCUGUUUUCUUGGGCUUGACUAUUAAUGCCUCUGAAUAUUUUGGGCUGGGUCUCGGUAGGUUCUGUGCUCUUCUGCGCCAUCAAGCGGCUGUUGUAAAAACAAAACCAUCAAGCACAACAAAACUCGAGUUUCGCCUCUGCUUUUAAACUCUGGUGUGAGUCGGGGAAGCCAGAAGUCGUUAAGUGUCCCGUUUGUGGCGUUUCUGUGAUGUUUAAUCUUCAGAUGAUCCCCACAGCUAUGAUGAAGCUUCUUCCUCUCCUGUGUCUCUGUCUCCUGACUCGGCCUGGAAGAACAUUUGUUGACAAACACGGGCCAGUGACCAUCAAAGUUAAAGAAGACGGUAAUGUUAUUUUACCCUGUUCCCUCAGCACCAAGGAGAACAUUGAGUCAGAGCUCUUUGACUGGAAGAAAGAUGGUCAGAAGGAAGUUUUCCUGUAUGUUGAAGGCGUUCAUUCCAAUAACGGCCUUCCAGGUCAAGAUGAGCAGUUUAAAGGUCGUGUCUCACAUUUUGAACAUGGAUUGCAGUACGGCGAUGCCUCCCUAAUCAUCAAAAAUACGAAGGUGUCUGAUAGUGGAAACUACACCUGUAAUUUUCCAGAUCUUCAGCAAAGACAAAUAUUCUUCAUUCAGCUUGUUGUUGGUCGUGUCUUAAAGGACAGAUCAGGAGGAAACAUCUCAGGUGCAGCUCCAAAGCCAUACGUCACCACACUGGAUCAAACAGAGAACCGCGCUGUGCUGCAGUGUGAAGUUCGAGGUGCUUUUCCGAAACCUAAAGUGGAGUGGAAGAACAGUGCUGGAAACAAACUUCCUGCUGAGGAGCCACAGGUCUCAGAAAGAGGAGGCAGCUUCUACAUCAUCCUCCAAACUACUGUGAUGAAGACCGACCGCUAUCGCUGUGUAGCCACACAGGAGGAGAUCAGCCAUCAGAUUCAUACUGAGACCUUCAUAUACAUCCAUGGGUUCCCCAUUGGAUUUGUUGUUGUUGUGGUUAUUGUUGUUGCCCUUUUAAUUGGUGGUUGGAGUUAUAUUAUUCUUAAGCAUUAAGCGUUUUGUUGGUUUUUACACCAGGGUAGGAUCAAGGAGGAAGGGAUUUCAGGAUUUCCUUCAAUAGUGACAAAAUAUAGUCUUAGAGAUGUUAGUGAUAAAUCUUAAUGAUUUGGGUUUUUUUUAUUUGUACUAAAAAAAGCCACAUCCAAAUAAAGGAUUAAAAGCUAAAGGACAUCAACGGACCACAGAAUGCAGGAUUGGUUUGUCUCAGUGCAUUGAGUUGGUCAGCCGCCCAGUAAUCAGACGGCCCCACGCUGGCUGCAGGUUGUUGUGUUCACGGCCACUGGUGUUUGGUACGCUGUGCGACCAGUCGAUCGGCUCGGCCAGGGUAUUAUUCUGGGGGUCUGCUCUAAUCGGCUGGCAGGUGAAGAAAACUCUUGCAGUAAACGGCAGGUAACCCUGGCUUAGUUCGUGGGUGAUGUCCUCUGUGUUACAGCUGGCGUAACUAACCACGUGGCUGGGCUCCGACUCCUAUAGCUGAUUAUAGACAGUUCAAAUCGAGAAGCCGGAGCCUUUGUUGUUGAAGUCGGUUGCUAGCCAAAAAGCUCAAGGAAGAAUGGAGAACGAGGGAGAGAGGCGUUCUUUCUACAGCUAUAAGUGAUGCCACUAUUUUGAGUUUGACACAGUCUUAAGAUGCAAAGAACAUUGUUGUCUUUUUAGGAAGGGGCUGGGUGGGGUGU